CAAAAUUUCCGUUUCCGCUUUCCUUGCCCGCAGAAGUGCUCGAGGCGUCCAAAAUUUCCCCCACCCUCUCUUCCCCUCCUCGCACUGGUCCGAUGGAAUCCGACGCCGAGGAGGAGGCGGCGGCGACCCCGGCGGCCGCGGGGGCACCAGGCGCUGGGCGGCUGAAGGGGAGCCCGGAGCUGACUGUGGACGCGGACAUGCGGGAGAUGGCGAAGACCGCCGCGUGGAGCGUCAGUUCCUGCAAGGCCGGCAACGGCGUCGCGGCCCUGCGCGACGACAACCUCGACACCUACUGGCAGUCUGAUGGGGCGCAGCCGCACCUGGUGAACAUCCAGUUCCAGAAGAAGGUGCAGCUGCAGCUUGUUGCGCUCUACGUGGAUUUCAAGCUCGACGAGAGCUACACGCCGAGCAAGAUCUCCAUCCGUGCCGGGGAUGGCUUCCACAACCUUAAGGAGAUUAAAACUGUGGAGCUUGCAAAGCCAGUUGGAUGGGUCCAUAUAUCAUUAUCCGGGGCUGAUCCACGAGAAACAUUCAUUCACACAUUUAUGCUCCAAAUUGCGGUUUUAUCCAAUCAUCUGAACGGGAGGGAUACUCAUGUCCGACAGAUCAAGAUCUAUGGGCCAAGACCGAAUCCUGUUCCUGCCCAGCCGUUUCAUUUCACUUCCAGGGAGUUCAUCACAUACUCUACUAUUAGAUGACAAUGGGUGAGCAAUGAAGAGAAGAAAACACUGAGGAUCGGCAGCUCAUGGCUCUGGAUGAUCGUGCCCUGUAGUUAGUCUCUUUGUCUUCCUGCGUGCUGUCUGUCGGGUGUUAGGCCUGUAAUGAAGUCGUUAAGUAGCUAUGACAUACUUUUGAACUUGUUCCGCAGCCUCUGUUGGCUUGCAGUGUUUGCUUGGUUGGUCCCAGUGAUUCUGAGCCCUUGGUGUUCAGUGCCUUAGGUUAGGGUAUGUGGUUUGUGGGCGCCGGGCGGUAGUACUGUUAAACCUUUGAACUUUGUAAUUUCGUUAUGUUGGUAAUGAAAUUUGGUUCUACUGACAA